CUCCUCCCAAGUGUGUGUGGUAAGCGCACAAGUGAAGUUACGGUUGAGGGGAAGCUGAAAACAUUACUACGUCCGAAGGAAGAGGUAGCUGAAAUUCUCUGGUGGUGGUUGUUCAAUAUGACCCGGCAGCUGACAUCUCGCCAAACCAAAUUAUAAGCCAGGUCAUUUUUAAUGGAGGUCCAAGGGCAAUGGGCGGAGGUCUUCGAGGGCUCUGACAGACAAGAGGACUCUGGUGGGGAGGGUGAGCUGCUGGGUAGCUCCACAAUCACCUUGGCUCCUCUGGUGGUCAACACUCCUCCCCCUCCCGUUCGCCGCUCCCAGCCCCUCGUCAUCCGCAGAAGCAGAAUGAAUAGCGUGGAACUGUCCUCUGUUCCUUCUAUACCCAAUCCCUUUCCAGAGCUGUGCAGCCCCUCUCAAUCCCCAGUCCUGAUUGGCUCUCUCUCACCGCCGAGAAGUGACACGCAUCUGAUCAAGGUGUUCGGCGAGGACAGUCACAGUCGGUCCCUGUGGGUGAUACCCAGGGCCACAGCCAGGGACGUGUGCCAUUUGUUGGUGCAGACAGCCCACUGUAGCGACCAGGAGAACUGGGCUCUGAUCGAGCUGCAUUCAGCCUUGGGCCUGGAGCGAGUUCUGGAGGACCACGAGGUGGUGGUGGAGGUGCAGGCUGCCUGGCCCUCCGAGAGCGACACCAAGCUUCUGUUCCGCAAGAACUACGCCAAAUAUGAGUUCUUCAGGACACCUGUGCUGUUCUUCCCCAAGCACAUGAUCUCAGACAGUGCUGAUGUCACCAAGGGCAUGACCUCGGCAGAACUCAUCCAGAAUCUGCUGCAGUCAGGGACAUGUCCUGAGAUCCAGGGCUUCCUCCACGUCAGAGAGCCCAGCCGCAAAGCCUGGAAGAAGGUCUACUUCUUCCUCCGACGUUCAGGCCUCUACUGCUCCACCAAAGGCUCAUCAAAGGAGCCCCGUCACCUCCAGUACGUGGCUGACCUGGAAGACCUGAACGUCUACAGUAUCACCAACAGCCGCAAGCUCUACGGUGCCCCUGUGGACUUCACCUUCUGCGUCAAGCCCAGCAAAGACCGUAUUCGUGCGCAGGACUUGAAGCUGCUGUGUGCGGAGAAUGAACAAACGCGCACCUGCUGGACCUCUGCAUUUAGAUUAUUCAAGUAUGGGAGGCAGCUGCAUUGUAACUACCAGCUGUCCCAGUCGGCACCUCGUCUACAGGAGGUUGUGUCUCAACGGUGUGAGUCGGAGGCCAGCCUGGUCGCCAUGGACUUUUCAGGGAAGGCGGGGGGCCGGGUCAUCCAGAAUGCUUGGGAGGCCCAGAGCGCGGAGAGGGAGGAGGGACAGGCAUGGAGGAGGAGAGAAGCCUUGAGGUGCAGCCUACCCAACCUUAACCCAGGAUCUCGGCCCUCUUCCAUACACCGGACCCAGCUCUGGUUCCACGGUGGUGUGUCGCGAAAGCAGGCCCAGAGGCUGAUCGAGGAACAGGGAUUGGUGGAUGGGAUGUUCCUGAUUCGUGAGAGCCAGCAGCAUGCCCAGUGUUUUGUCCUCUCGUUGUGUUACAAGCUGAAGACCAAACACUACCUCGUCAUCCCUUGUGAGGAGGGCGGUAGGAAGUACUACACCAUGGAUGAUGGCCUCACCCUCUUCAUUGACCUACUGCAGCUGGUGGAGUUUCACCAGAUCAACAGAGGCAUCCUCCCUGUCUGCCUCAAACACCCCUGUGUCUGUGUCACCCUCUGACCACUUGGUUAGGGACACCUCAUAUGACCACUGGGCUAGGUAUAUAGGCAAAGUAGUUCAAACGCUGUCAGUUUCACUGUAGCUAGCUGUACACCGGUAGACUGUGUCUUUUGCCCCUGUGUUUCGGGCACUGUUUUCCAGAUGGCGAGGGCAGGUGUUUGGCAGGCGGGAGCGAACGACACUGUGUGCUAGCUUAGCCAGCUAAUCCUGAGGACGACUCCGGUACACGGUAGGCGCGAACAACACUGUUCGCUAGCUAACUAACAAGCUAGCUAGCACACUGUGUCGUUAACUAUCCAGUUAGCUAGUACACGACACAGUAUUGCUCUAGCAGCCCGUCUGCUGUGCUAGCGGGGGGGGGGGGCAUUCAUGAAAGAACCAAUGGGAUGCUCGAGGUGGGAACACCCUUAAUUGUGAGCUGCAGUUGCACACUUUGAAGAGUUACAAAUUGCAGCUUGAAGUCACAUGCAGUAACUAGUGUGUAGGGGUCUAGACAUGGGUGGUCACAGCUAUACACCCAUAGCAGUAGCUUUUAAAUCAUGUAUUUUUAAUUGAAACUAACUCAUUUGUCGUUUCAGACACUCCCCCCUCCCCCCCAUUUUUUUUACAUUUUAAUGAAUUACUUGCAAUCCCUGUGAGGGUAAGUUUAAUUACGCAUUUUGCACAGCUUUAGGAUCUUAGAGCGCCAUCGUUCGUGGUAGGAUUUUGUGCUGAAACCUAAAGAAUUUGACUUGCUAAAGGGCUUGUUCACUCCCUUGUGAAGCAAUACGUCUGUGGAUAGUUGGCUGGAUGGCUAUAACUGAUAUCACUGAGUAGGUUCUUCAAUUUGAGAAAAAAAAAACAUUGUUUUCACAUCCUUUAGGGGCUUGGCGAUUUACAUGUGGAAUAGAGCCCCUUUCACUGUGUGGAAUGUACAGUGUGCAAGUUCCUGAGUGUACCACUAGGGAGCACUCUUCGUACACCGGACAGCAGAGCCAAAGACGUGAGAGCUGAUUUGUCAUUGAGGAAUUCAUCAGGGGCUUACCCAGCGAGGUGCAAUGUUUAGAAUCAGUUAGAAAUAAACUCCAUAGAGCUAUUGAAAAUCCAUAUUCUUCACAUCAGGAAUUAUCAAGCCUUUUCAGCACAAUACAUUUCUAUCUGAAUGUUCUGUAAAAUUGCACCAUCUUGAAUAAGCCCCAGGAUUGGUGAAAUACUGUAGCUACUCGGCAUGCCUUCUAAAUGUGCAUAUGUAUGUUUUUAAUUAUUAUUUUAUAGUUCACUGUGUAUGGUUUUCAUACUAGGACACACUACUAGUAAGUGCCUUGUAAAUUCAUAUAACACUAAGCACUCUUAAAUGCAUAUUUUUUGCACAAUGUUGGUUGAGGGAGAACUAUUCUGAUGUCUUGUUUUUGUAGUUAGCUGUAAAAAGAGAUGCGGGCUGUUCAUUCCUACCCUGCAUGUUCAUAGUGUAUGCUUGUAUGGGCUUUCAAUCAAUGACAUCUGAGACUUAUUUGAAAUCUUGCAAUUGCUCAUAGCAUUUAUAUGAAUUAAGUGGUGUUCGAUGUACAACAUAUACAUCUCAAGUUAUUCAAGGCCAGUUUACUUUUGUGCCACGUUUUAAGUUUUUUUUUUUCCCCCAUUGAAUUAAAUUGUAUUGUGUGAUAUGCAACAUGGCAAAUAUCUAUAUCUCUUUCAUAACUGUUUAAUAAAUAAUAGAUUUUCUUA